AUGACCGUGUUGCGUCCACCCCCUUCUCCAGCGAAGGAUACACCGCGACGUCUACCUCCGUUAACUCUCGCAAAUCCCGACAUGGUCGCCAAGCACACACCUUGUACUCUGCACCUUUCUGUUCUUCCCCCUGAACUAGCAUGCAGACUCUUCUACACUAUGCUAGACGAAUCUCAAGAGUGGAAAAGGAACCAGUGGUGGCUUUUCGAAAGAUUAGUGGAAAGUCCGCAUCGGACCUCGUUCUACGUCCGCAGGUUUUCUGCAAGUGAUGGAGAUUCUGAAGACGUCGCGGGAGAUGCGUGGCAAGAAGCCGCCCAAUAUUGGUACAACGGGCGGAGCACCCAGCCGCCUCGACAUUUCCCCGACGUACUCGAAGAAGCAUGCACUAUUGUGGAACGUGUUGUCAACGAGGAAAUGAAGAAACGACGUCGGUAUCCAUUAGAAUGGGGCGGUGACUCCUUGGGGAUCUGGCGAGCCAACGUCGCAGCAGCCAAUUGCUACGAGGGUGCAAAGGAGAGUGUGGGCGCCCACGCGGACCAAUUGACGUACUUAGGACCAUACCCCACAAUUGCCUCCAUUAGUCUUGGUACCACUAGGACCUUCCGACUCAGAGAGACCAUACCAUCUGACCAAAGGGACGUUCGCCAAGCUCGAACCUUCAAUAUUCCUUUACCACACAACUCUUUGACUAUUAUGCACGCUUCGACACAAGAGAGAUUCAAACACUCCAUCCCGCCACAGUCAACGAUUGAUCUUUAUCGACCAUCCUAUCCAAGGUCAAUGGCUUCUCCUAUUGAGCCAUCCAACUGUCGUAUCAACAUCACAUUCCGAUUUUACCGGCCUGAUUUUCAUCCUUCCACCAUCCCCAGGUGUAAGUGCGGUAUUCCUACCGUUCUGAGGGCAGAUCAAAAGAAUAAGCAGGACGGAAGCGACAAAUACUGGUGGCAUUGUAAUGCGGCGGCGCAGAAUGAAGGCAAGGAUUGCGGCUUCUGGAAAGUCUUGGAUAUCAAGGCGGAAGGGAGAGGGCCAUGCGUCCAAGAUGCUCUCGAGGAUUCUGCUGGCUAG